AUGUCAUCUCACUCGUACCCCAUGAACAGCGGUGAUGAUCAACAUAGUUACGUCCAUAAUUCUUCAUACCAGAAAUCAGGUAUAAAUGGUGCUGAAGAAAAGAUAAGGAAGUGGAUCUUAGAAACACUCAAUCUGAAGCUGAAUUCCGGUCUUAAUACUUUUAAAAUUGCGGAUUUUGGUUGUUCCGUUGGGCCUAAUACGUUUCAGGUUGUUCAAGGUAUCAUUGAUACGGUGAAAUAUAAACACUUGAAAGAAAACAAUGAAACUAGCCUCGUGCCUCUCGAGUUCCAAGUUUUCUUCAACGAUCAACCCAACAAUGACUUCAACACACUCUUUAGAACCCUACCUCCUUCCUCCAAACGCGAAUACUUCUCUGUUGGAGUUCCAGGCUCUUUCUAUGGCCGAGUGUUACCAAGAAACAGCAUCCACAUCGGGCACACUUCAUACACGACUCACUGGCUUUCCAAACUUCCUGAAAACGUGUGCGACAAGAAAUCUCCUGCUUGGAACAAAAUUUACAUCCUAUGUAAUGAUUUGAUAGAAGAAGUUAGCAAGGCCUACAAGGUCCAGUUCAUAAAAGACAUGGGGGUUUUUCUUGAAGCUAGAGCCGAAGAGCUUGUGCCUGGAGGAUUAAUGAUUGUAUUAGGACAAUGUUUGCCUGAUGGUGUUCCCAUGUAUGAAACAUGGCAGGGUCAUGUUGCGGAUACCCUUGGUGACUGUCUUAUGGAUAUGGCUAAAUCGGGAAUCACGAGCGAGGAAAAGAUCGAAUUGUUCAGCAUCCCUCUUUAUUUUCCUCAAUUUAGUGAGGUUAAAGGAGAGAUAGAACAAAAUGGAAGCUUUAUGAUUGAGAUAAUGGAGACUAUAGGUCAUCCGAUGGAGGUUAAGGCGUUAACCAACGACUUUCUCACUUCCACCUAUCGAGCAUUUCUGUCUACACUCAUAGAAGAACAUUUUGGAGAUGGCGUGGUCGAUGAGCUAUUCGAUCGACUUGCUAAGAAACUCUCCAAGCACCCAAUUGAUUUUGAAAUGUGGAAGACGCAAGUGGUGUAUUAUGGUGUGCUUAAACGAAAAUCAAUUUGGGGAGAAUGA